UUUAUCCAGAACCUCUACAAGCUGAAGAGGUUGGAAUAUAUUGUACAAAGUUUUUCUCCCUGCACAUUAUUUAUUAUUUUAGUCAGGAAGAUAUGGAGAUGGCCAUGAUCUCUUCCUUGGCUAGUUAUCCUGUGAAGUAUUUCCAUGCAUGGCAAACCAAAGCAGCGAAGACAACAGUUUCAGCAUCAAAAUCUACGAGCGUGCCCAUCAAAGCAGUUUUCAAUAGUUGUCGAACAUGCCAAGGAAAAGGUGCAAUUGAGUGCCCAGGGUGCAAGGGAACGGGAAAGAACAAGAAGAAUGGCAAUAUUUUUGAAAGAUGGAAGUGUUUUGAUUGCCAAGGAUUUGGCUUAAAGAGCUGCCCCAGUUGCGGCAAGGGGGGACUUAC